AUGGACUCGUGGGAGUCCUACGGCAGUCCGUUCGGGGAGGGCUCGGACGUGUCGCGGAGCGUCAAGUGCGAGCAGUCGGAAAUCGCGGGUCGCAGUGCUGGGAGGGCGGGGGCGCGCGGCGAAGGGCGGCAGGCGUGCGAGGAGGCCGUGCGGGAGGCCGCGCGCGUGGAGGCUUCCGUGUGGAGGCUGCUCGGCGGUGGGGGCGGCGGGCAUUACGAUGGGAUGGAUUUCUGGGAGCUGCAGCGCGUGGGGGAGACGUUUCGCGAGCUGGACCUUCCCGACAACGAGCGCGCGCUGCAGCAGGCGCUGUGGCGGAGGGAGGCGCUGCACAGCAUGGUCGUCGCUGCCGCUCGCCAGGGCGACGGUUUGGGGCCCAGCGACGGGAGCCAAUGCGCCGGCAGCCUGGGGCUGCCGCCCUGUAACGCCAAUUGCUCGCCCCCCUGCCGAUUCUUGGGAAUGCCGGAAGUCCCGCAAUUGAGGUAUGGGUUCGAAUUUGCCGACGUGGAGAGCCUUGGAGACCAUCGAAAGUCGCCAUUGAGCUCGAAGCAGGUGUUCUUCGCUGGUUCCCUUUUCAAGGUGAUGCUGUCCGUUGCCACUAAGAAGGCCUCCAAUCAGAAGAUGCUGGGGAUUUUCUUCCACCGGGAUUCUUCCUUCAAGGGCCGGCUGGGCGACGCCAACGGGUUUGUCGACCCAAGGGCCAAGAUUGAUGUGUCCAUCACCAUCAUUGUGGGAAAUGCUGAGCAGGAAGGGAUAGGCUUGAAGGGCUCCCUACAAAGCCCCAGAAGCAAUUUGGGCUACUCCACGUUGUUGCCGUUUGGCGACCUGAGGCGCUAUCUCAGCCCGUCAGGGACUCUACGAGUGAGCGUCAUCUUGUCCCAUCUCUUUGAUACAGCUGACAAACCUGACGGGAGCCAUACCAGCACGCCCAGGAUAGUGUGA